GACCUUGCAACUGGCUUGAAUCCUUACCGGCGUUAUGUGUUUAAGGUCACAUUAGAUACCUAAUUUAUCCCUUUAAUGACCAAAAAGGUCAACGUUAAUUUUGAAGAGACUUUGCCUUCUCUCUUAUCUUGUGACUGUCAUGUUAGCGAACCUGGAAGAGUGGCUUUUGUCUCUGGCAUUAGAGAAAAUAAAAAAAAUUGUUACGGAGAGUACACGGAAGUCAUCAAGUCUUUAAAAGAGGUUGUUGAUAAAUGUUUGUUCACUUGGGAGACUUUCCCUGUACAACUUCCUAAAUCAUUCUUAUCUCUAGCAGCUAACGAAGAUAUAAAUAUAUCGGACGUAUUCUAUGAUAACAACGUUGAAAAGUGUGAGGCGGCUGCCAGAAUAUGUUUUCGGGAUUUAAAUGUCGUAAAUAAAAGCCAACGACAGGAAAUUCGUACAGACGCACAGUUCGUUGUGCCUUGCACAACUUUCACAGGUGAAGUACAUGCAUGGAAAAUCUCUCCUUGGCUUUUAAAUGGAACUCGGAAUAUUUACAAACAUUUUAAUAGAGAUUUAUAUAAAGCUUUGUCCGUAGUGGUGGUAACUUCUAUGAAUUUCAUUGAAAAUCCGAAUUUCUCCAUCUCUCGAUCAUUGGUUGAUUUAUGCAUCUCCGUCUACUCUAUGCUAGAUAUAUUCUUUGGAUGGCCUCGAGUCAAUAAUGGUGAUGUAGAUCUCAAGCUGCUUGAGGAACGCCUUGGGUUUCUGAUAUGUGAGCUGUCCGUUAAAUCUAGCCAGAAAAAAAAAGUACUAGACUUUUGGAGUAUCUGCGAACAUCUAAGUAAAUUACCUUUUGGAAAGUGUGAGGAAGUUCCAGAAAACAUUCCGUUACCGUAUCGAUUUUUAACACCAAAUCGUGUUUCAGUUGAUCUUCGUCUUCAUGAUCCCGUUCUGCUUGAACGCUGUUUACAUGUUAUUGGAGAUUUGGAGAAUUCAGUGCGAGGAGAUUGGUUCCAAGAUUUUAAAGAAUAUUCUGUCUCACAGUUUAGAGAUGAAAAGAAAUCAGUAUCUGAAGUUAAAAGGUUAGUUUUACUGGAUGGUAUGAAACAGUAUGCAAUACGACUAUUUGAUGCCAUUCGUCAAAGUGAGGCGUUGCAUGAAAUUAGUCCAGGGAUAGCUGAACCAUUAAUUCAAGAAGCGAAAUUCAAGUUAAUUGUGACAGAAGCUAAAGAAUUAUUCAUGCAAAAUUGGCUGUCAUACUGUCAGUCGUAUGAACGAAACUUAAAAUUAAACAAUCCUGUUUUAUUUAAUAUUCCUAAAUGGCGUUCAAAACAGUGGUAUUAUGCAAAGGCGGAAUACCUUCAGGAGCAUAAGUUGGACAUUCAUGAAUACGUUUUAUCAAAAUGCAUUUCAAAUGGUUUAGAAUCUUAUGCUUUCUUAAUUGGCCGUGAUUUAGCAUUUUUAAAAGAUCGUGAAUGUUUCCUACGCGAUCAAAUAUUUAAAAGCGCCAAAUUUCCUGAUGAAGAGUUCAUUUUUCAAGUUUCACGACGUUGUCUUCGUAAUGUUUAUGUGUAUCGUGAGGAUUUUAGCUUAUCAAGUCGUUAUCAACUUGUAGAUACAAUAUUAGUCAGCUAUGAUUCUGAUAGAGGUUCUCCUGAUAAACUACCUACAAUUAAGCGACAUAUCAAAAGAAAUAAAACUCAGAAUUGUACAACUGAAGUUAUUCCUUUGAUGUACCGAUUUCCGCGCAGUUCUUUUGCUAUGAAUACGUCGAAGACAAAUAAAGGUGAUAAUUUCCCCUCUCAUGGUGACUUCUUUACUGAUAACAUUGUAACAUCAAAUACAGACUUUUCAAAUAUUUUAAAUUCGCCUGAUCAUCGUUACCGAGACCCGUUACUCCCACCCAAGAGCAGUACUGAUCAUGUGAAUUAUUCGCAGUCAAAUUUUGUCAUGCAAUCUACAUUGGUGUUAAAAGCUUCGACACGUCAUUUUAUGUGGCGUUGGCUUGUUUUCUUUCUAUGCACUUAUUCAUGGCUCAUCCGUUCAUUACAAUAUUUUUUUGUCAUUAUCCCUUUCCAGUCAUGUGUCAGCUACGUGGUAUUGUUCAAACCAACGUCAAUCUAUUACAUGUACAAAGUAGAUAAAAAUUCAGGUUAUGUAUAUCAUGACAAAGCAUAUUAUAAUCAUACUGUUAUCAGCUUUCUUCGUCAAAUGUGGACUACACUACGUAAAAAUAGGCAAAAUUUUGACCAUCGGUUGUUAUCAACUGGGGUUUUUCGAUGGCAUAUAAUACGACCAAUUCAUUGGAUGUGGACGUAUAUAAUUCGUGGUGUCUUGACAACCAUGGUUCUAAUAAUAUUUUGGCCUACACUAUGUAUUUUAUGCUCUACCACUUCAAUAGUAGUCGGUGUGCUAUCUAUACCUGUGAUACCAUUACUAUCAUUACUUGCACAUUUACUUGGUUUACUGUUUUGGAAUGCAUACACACCGGUUCUUGGAUCUAAUCGUCUACUACCAUUAUUCGAGAUUAUUUUUUACCAAUUCUUGUUAAAAUCGAUCGUGCAAUUCUUAGUCAGUGUACUGUGUGCAUUUAUAUUAUGUCCUGUAUGGUUUCUACUUCAUCUUUUAUUCACUGUAACCAAAUAUCUACUGUAUACUUUGUGGGAUGCUUUCGUAUUUCACUUCGUGUUCAAACUAAUCACUCGUAUACCAUGUCAAGAGAAUUGUUCUGUAAAACGUUCUAAUGAUCCUAAAACUGUGCGAAGCAUCUGCUUACUGGCUCGACCUGAAGACAUUUUGAUUAUACUUACUGUGCAAUUAGAACAUUUGGAACUGAAUUUAUGGAGAAGCCAAAUGGAAUCUAUGGCUAAAAAGCCUAUCACCGUGUACAACGAUUUUUUACAAUCAUUAUCUUCCCUACCUAUAUCUGUGUUAUCGGACAACACUGUCGCCGAUACAUUAAAUACCAAAACUCGAUGUUGGCUCAACCUAAUAGAAAAGAGUUAUAAUAGGCGUGCCAAAGCUCUUGAAGUUCAAUCCAAGUCGAAAUUCUUUCGGCGAAUAAAGUUAUCUGAUCGAAAUUUAAAAUUAACUCUUGAUUUAGGCUCAGAGUUAACUAAAUGUUUCUAUGAAUUGCGGAUUCUGCCUCGUAUUCAUUUAUUGGAACGACGUAUUGAUGAUUGGUGGUCGGAAUUUCAGCUUGAUGAUAAUGAUUUCACUGGUCUAUGCAGUUAUUUGCUAAGAAAUGCAUUUGGUGAACAGAUUUUCUGCUGUAUUACAGAAAAGAACAUAACCAUCCCAUUACAGACUCGUGAUGCCAGUCUUGGUCAACGAUUUCGUGAAUUAAUACUUUCGAAUUUAAGCAAACAAAUUUGUAGUUCUUCAGCGCAUUCAGUAUAUGGAAACGGGGUUCAAUCAGUUACUGUAGAAUCUGUUGACCAUUUGGAAGAAGAAUCCUGUGAUCUCAUUGAAUUAGAUAAUGAAGAUGAAUCUCUUUCGUUAGGAAGUGAUAGUUGCGCUUCUAAACGGGAAAGAUUAUCACAACGUUGUACAGUCAUAGCUGUUUCAAGCAAGCAGGAUCAUAGUGACAAUAAUAUAAGUAAUUGUAAUAAUGUGGUUCCAAGUUCAAAUUUCCCAGUCGAUUCUUAUAAUUCAGUUACUGAAACAUCUUGUGAUCCAAAUAGUGUUUACGUUUCGCCAAUUGUACACAGCACUGUGCAUUCAGGAGGAUAUGAACCUAAUCUGAUGAAGCCUUCAAUAAUUGAUCCGAUGUCUCUUAUUCACAUUGAUUUACCAAAUUUUCCUCUAUCAGUUUUUGCACCAAGAACAGUUCGAACUCUUCCAUCUCCUCUGAAAUCUUGUUCUAAACAAAACGUCCCAUCUUUUGAGAAAUGUACUCGCAAUCAUAACACAUCAAGUCAGUGUUCUUGUAUCUCAUUAACAAAAACCUAUUUGGAGAGUGAUUUUCAUAAACAUCUAGCUGAAACAUGGUCUGAUCAAUCGUUUGAUGAAAUAAACUCCUUAGAUUCUGAUCCAUUAAUGCAACACAAGGGAGCCAUACAGUCUCAUCAUCAUAAGUAUUCAGCGGCUAAACGUCUGUUAUCCAGUUGGACAAUAUUCACUUCAGGCGACAAUGUUACUAAUGUGGACGAUGUUAGUACCAAUGCAUGCGAUAAAGAUGAAAACCGGGAAUUACAUGAUAAAAUUCGUUCUUUGUUAAGGUUUGAAAAUGAAGAAAAUGAAUGGUGUUAUUGCUGUGACCAUUUGUCCACAAAAAAUGCGGCUACUAUGUCUAAUAUUGACAAGUCUAUUUUUGCAUUUCAGAACGUUAUUCAGCAUAUGGCACGAGUUUAUCAUCCAUGUAUCAUCACACUGCUAAUGCAUUCAAGAGAUCGUGAAAACACUGUACUCGAUAUGAAUCAUCCGUUGAUUCAUAAACUGAUCCAUCAAAUCACUCGACCAAAAGCACAAAUGAAGCUAAUUAAAAAAAUUCAUGCUCAUGAAAACAUUGUCGUGAGUGAUUUAACUGGUUAUUUGGAUUCUUCAUCUCAUAAAUCUGAUGGACAGUACGGUUGUUUACGUAGAAAUAAUGGUUCCAAUAUGAAUAGUAUGUCGUUAGAUACCAUGAAUAAUGCAUCAAAUGAUAUUUUGCCUUAUUUUAAACAACCAAAACACUCCCAACAAUUUCUUAAGUCACCGAUCUCUACUAGUGGACUGAUACAUCAUCCUGAUUCAACCGCUCAUCAUAGAUGGUAUUCUAAUGUAAAUGUUAGUUUUACCAACCCUCAUUUUACUAAUAUUAGUAAUAAUGAUUGUAUUAAUAAUGUUAUGAAUCAGUCGUUGCAUUUUCAGCCAAACUGGUCAAAAAAUCACUCAUCACAUGAAGGAAUCUAUGAUUUUGCACAUUCACAACAAUAUUUUAUUCCUAUGAACGAAAUGGCUAAGAAAAGUAAUAAUAAUUAUGACAAUCAGAUCACUGUUAUUAAGGAUAAUAACUUACUAAAUGCUUAUAGCUAUCGAAAUUCAAAAUGUUUCUGGUCUGGUCUUGAGAUUCCAACGAAUAAUCACGAUGAUAAAGAUUUUUCAGGUGGUACACCAACACCUAGUUUAUACGGCACUGAAGAUGCUGCUACAACAGAUGAUUUAGAUGAGACUGAAGAUAUCCUAUCCAUGUCAAGCAGUGUACAUCAUUCUGAAUUAGUUGAUAAUUUGCUUAAUAUAACUACACAGGAACAAGACAUUUUAAAUGACAUCAGCAAUCCGACUGCUUCACGUCCAUUGCGUUUACCUUUAGCUAUACCAGAAUUAUUAACAAUAUCAGCAACUACGGCUGGUAGUGGAGAUACUCAAAGUCAAUUGGAAAGUGAAAUUAUUGAUGAUUGUUCUUCGUUUGGUUUAACAAGUUCACGGUUGUCGAAUCCAUUGCCAUGUAUUCAGUCAGAGCAAUCAAAUUCUAGUCAACUUAAAUCACAUGAAAUACUAAAAGUUCCCGCUGAAGAAUGUGCAUGUAGUCCAGUUGGUAAUUCGAAUAUGUUCUUUGAUUCCAGCCCAGCUGAAACUGUGAUUAUUAAUGGAAUGUUUGGAACUAGUAAAUCCAGCAGUCACCUAGUACUUCAAGAUCAAGACAUACAGUUAAUUGAAGAAAAUAAUUCCAAUUUCAGUUCAAAUAUUUAUUACGACAACGAUGAACAACAUGAUACAAAAGAUAUCAGUCAGAUUAAAUCGGAUUCAACAGUACUGAAUGAUCAGAUUAAGAUUUUUGAAAUGGAUAAUGUUGAUGAUGAGGAAUGUGUGGAUGAUGAGCAUAACACUUUGAAAACUGUGAUCAAAUUGUUCUGAAUUGACCAGUGAUCUGGGUUUCUCGUUUUCUUACAUAUGUUCUCCUUUGAAGUGGUUUUUUUAAAGCAUAAAUUUAUACACUUUACGUGAAUACAACUUUCAAAUAAAUUAAUAUCUAUGUUGGUAGCCACGACUAUGCAGCACGAAAAUAUGAUUGUUUGUGUCAUCAUGAGUAUGUAACACCUAACUAUUCAUUCCUACUGCUAUCAUUAUCGUUUAUAUAGUUUAUCCAAUUAGCAGUUAACUUCUUUUAUUUAGCCCAAAAUAUAGUUAAUUUAUAUCCUUUACACCUUGUUUGUUUUUCAUAUAUGCUGUUUGUCUGAACAUGAUUGAUUUAUUGUUGGAAAUCAACAUAUUUACACUUUUGUUUUAUCCCAAGAUUCCUCAUUACUGUUGUUGCUUUUUAAUACUUUCCACUUUUGUUCUCAUUACUUUCAUGUAAAUUCAGUUCUCUCUUCUUAUUCUCUUUCGCCUGUAUUCUUCGCUGUUAUGACUUCUCUUUUAUUCUUCAUAUCUCUAUUAGUUUAUGGUUUUUUGCUUCUAUGAAUGAAAUGCUUCGCUUAUUCACUCCAUGAGAAAUACUAAUAGUUGCUCUUCGUUCUACUUUUAUUUCGUUUAAAUAGUAUUGUGUGGGUUCAAUACAUAAAUUGGUCUAUUUCCUUGAUAACUGUCGACUUCAUAAUACAUUUUGUGAAUAGUGAAUUAGGUUUCAUUAGCGGCGUCUUCUUCAAUAUAUACUCUUUUAUGUUGGAUCUAUGCUUUUACAAAGUUUUUACAUCCUGUAUGCUCUUCUUAAUAUUUACUUUCGAUUAAAUUGUGCAUAUAUAACUUAUAGCAUGACCAUGUGAUUUCUUUUAUAUUUUACUGCUGAUAAGAUUACUGAUACUCACUCUAUAUGUUAUUCACACUACUAUAUGCUUAUUUUCAUUGUAACAUUUUUCAUCCGGAUCGAAAUGCGUUUUUAGGUACUUUAUCCUUUUUUGAAAAUUGUCCUCUGUUGAAUUGAAUUCUUAAACACUAGUUUCAUUUAAUUUUUGUUAUACAAGAAUGUUAUUAUGCUUAUUUUACUAACUAACAUUGACGGGAAAAAAGUAGAAAGAUUGUUGGGAUUAUGGCGUAUUUUGAAUGCAUUUUGUAAGUUUUAACUACAUAUAAACACUACGUAUAAUAUUAAAAAUAUUUCUCCAUUCAUUUGGUUUUUCUUUUCUUUUCUUCAUUAUCGAAAGCAAUAAAAAGUUUAUGCUCUUCCAAUUCUCAGUUUUCUCAUUUAACGAGGGAUUUAUAAGCAUUGAUAUGAUGAACUUAUUUACCGACACAUAGAAUAUCUUCAGGUUACACGGUUUGUAGUAAGAUUUUUGACACAUGAAGAUUUUUGUCAACUAACCAAUUGUGAUAUGAUGAGUAAUUUGCGUUUGAAACCACUCAAUAAUGGACAUAUUUCCAAAGUGAUGUCAUAAACUAAUGUAUGAUACUACAGUCAAACUAUUGCAAGUUUUUGAACUCUAUUUUCAUUUGCAAAUAUUUAAAGUAAAUUUGAAACUGAUGGUGUAACAGUUAUAGUGAUGCUUUAAUUAUUCGUCAGACCAUGUACGAAAAGGAAUGAAAGCUUAUUGCAUUGAGUACCAAAUGUUGAGAUAUUUAGUUUAUUGUUCAAGUUGCUUGCGAGUUUCUUACUUUUGUAAUGAAAGUAUUGAAACCUAUAUUAAUUGCUAUCUAGAUAUUUAACUUUUUAGUUAUACUAUUUGUUCGCUAAUUUAUCGCCUCAAUCUCAUUAGCUUAUAAAUGAAAAAUUUUAUCACAGACUACCACUCUUAUUAUAUAUCAAUGAUAUAUUACGCGUUACUUGAACCAAGUCUUCCGAAUGCGUUCAAUUGUACUUCUCUAAAAAAUAAAUUUAUUUGACUUGAUUCAGAAUAUUUUAUCAAUCUUCGAAAUGUGCUUUUAUGUACCAUUUCUAAUGACAAAUUUAGAAUUUUAAGAAACUUUUACUACGUUAUGAACUAUUUUUUAAUUGUAUCUCUUGAUAAUUCACCAAUACAUGGGGAUUUUACUCUGCUGGUAUGUCAUUCCAUUUGUAUCCAUGUUGCUGUUUCACUUGCACUAUAAGAUCCUAGUUCAAAAAUACUUGGAAUUUUUUUAUCGGAAACUCGUACAAGGAAUGGAAGUUUUUAAAUUAUUCCUACAAAAUAAUUUUGAGACAAGGUAAUUUUAUAAUAGAUAAUUUUCAAACACUGUCCGUUAUUUGCUUUCAUUGCGUGCUUCAGUUCUCUGGUUUGACAGUAUGAGCGAAAGUGACCAUCCGUUUUGUAUGAAUAUCGAAUACCAAUGUAAUCAUUUUGUAGAAGAGAACUAUUUUGUCAGGCUAUGUUGCAUUCUCUCUACACAAUAAAUCAUCCUUUUCUC